CACUAUAUAUAUAUAUAUAUUGAUUGUAAUGAGGCCUACCGAUGUUAAGUGAAUAAUAAGAAAACCUUAUAGGUUCGACCGUGGACUAGUCUCGUUCAUCUUGAACGAGGAAACCACGUAAAUCUCUGUGUCGAUUCUGUUUUUGUUUCGUACUAGUUUCGUUUUCGAUUUACAUGGUAUCAAAGCUUGCUGCAAUGGAUUCCGAUCAUAUCUUUACCCAUCUCAACUCAAAGAAUUACGCUCUUUUGGGAAAUUCAAUUUCGUAUUUUCAUCGAGGGAAAGCGGUUGAUUUGCGCAAGAAGUUUUGCAAUGGGUUGCAAAGGUGAAGACGACGCUCCUCAAUUGCAAAGACUCAUCAAUUGUUCUCGAGCUGCGGUUGCUACCAACUGCCGCUGACAUGUGGAACCACCUUGCUAAGAUGUAUGCCACCACCGCUGACAUGUGUUUUGGACUACCUGAUUCGGGAGGAGGCCAAAUUUUGCAAGCAGGCGUCGCUGGAUACUCACCCAAGAAGUGGCAUGGUCGCCUUCAGCGCUGCUGGUCACGCUAAAGCAAAGGCGUCACCGCUACCGCACCUUGUUCGGAUCCAAAGGGGACUAUAGUAUGUGCUGAUUCUGAUGAUGAUCCUGUCAGAGAGGUUUAUGCCGCCAACCGUCCUUAGUUACAACGUCGGGUUCCAUCUGGGUAUGUUGAGUGCCAAUUUUGUAGGGUUAGACGACAUACGUAGAAAUACUGCCGCAAACGAAUUACUGUAAGAAAUCGAGAUAUAUAAUCUCCGAUUGUCAAGUUUUGCGGGAUCGAAUUCUUGAGGGGAGUGUCUUUGCUGAGCCUAGAGCAUGUGGGGCUAGUUCCUCAUAGAGUUGCGCGCCCCUACUUAUGCUGCCCAACUUGCUCCAGCGACGGAUGGUGCCCGACUUUCACUGGAUUCUCUUGAGAAGAUAACGAGCAAAGCCAUUGUGUCUGUGUUUUCCAGUCUUUAGGUUUUUGGUAAAGUUCCAAAAUGGAUUCUUGACUCUGCUUAUUUUAAUCACAUGAGAAGUGAUGUGUAAGUUCUUAAGCAGAUUCGUUCUGUUGAUAAUAUGGGUUGCAAGUUGUGAAUGGUGAUUGCAUUGAUGUUACUAGCAUGCGAUCUGUUCAAUAUUUGACUGUGGAUUUAUCUGACUCUACAUGUUCCUAAACUCGUUCUGUUGGGAAACUUACAGACCAGAACUGUCGUGUUGUGUUUUCAGCUUCUGGUUGUUAUUCAUGACCUGAAAACGGGAAGGAUAUCAGUAAAGGUAAAAAAUGGAUCACAUUUUCUACAUUCCAUUUGUGGCAUGCUCGUUUGGGGAAUGCAAGUUCUAGUCCGUUAGCUCUUAUGUUUAAACAACAAUUAUUUGGUCAUAAUACUAUGACAACAUGUUCCUCAAAUUUCUCUUGUUAAAGCUAUGAUAGAAGCCAAGAUUACUCGGAUUUCUUUUAUGUCCAGUCAAAUUAUUAUUUUUGAACCCUUUCAGCUUGUUCAUAAUGAUGUUUGGGGCCUAAGGACUAAGAGAAAUAGAUUGUUGAGGUUUGAUUCGGGUCCAAUUGCACAGGUUUUCUCCCCAUAUUCGUGAUGUGUUUUAAACAUUUUAUCAUGUGAGGUUCGAUUUUACGCUAGGGUGUGCAUGUUUCAAGUAUGUUUCAUAUCCUAGCAGGUGGAAUUGGCCUCAGGAGCAAAAGUUGGACGAGAGGGAGCCAAAACGGAGGAUCAAAGUUGAAGCCAGUUUUUCACGGUCACGUCGACCGUGAUAAUGGAGCCCAGACUGUGAAGAGCAAUGAGACCAGAGAAGAUUGUGUGCCUCGCGGGCCUAAACGACAUCACGGUCACGCGACCGUGAUAAACUGAUAAUUCGCCCCCGACCGUGAAGAUGUUAAAUGAUACGACGCGUUUUUGUUCGAGAUCAUGGUCCACGCUUCAAGUUCACGACUGUGAACUGGGAUCAUGAAAUGCGUGCGAUCUGGGUAUUUAAGGAGAAGGGAGGAGCCUAGUGAGAGAAUUGCAUCUUCUUCCUCAAAUUUUAGAGAGAGAGAGAGAGUGACGAACAAGAGAGGAGAAGAAAGCUAGGGUUUCCUCCAAGCUUGAAGAUUUGAGCCAAUUUGACCAAGGUAAAGGAAAAUCCCCUUCUUGCCAAGAGGCUUUCAUAAGCUGAAAUUCCUUGGCCAAAUUGAGCCACCUAUGUUUUAGCGCUUUGAGUUGGUUUUUGUGUACCCUUCUAGAUUAAGGUCCGAGGGAGAAGUCUGGGAAACCCUUAGUCGGUUGGCCAAGAGAGCUUAUUCGUUUGCUUGAUUUGAGAUCCCUUGGCCUAUCGACCGAGCGAGUGAAGCUUCUUCACUAGUUGCGCUCUCCUACAGUUUACAACCACUUUUCCACACACUUGCGUUCUUUUCAAUUAAUCUUGAUAUAUGGCUAGGGGGAGCAACACCCGGAUGAAGUCUUCUCGUAUAGUAUUCAAAACCAUUUACCUUUUCGCUUGCUUUCAAUUGUAAUCCAUAGUUUUCACUAAAAAUCGAUUGCUAGAUAAUGUUUCAAACGAUUGAUGUAGGGGUACAUGCAUCAACCGGGCUUGAAAUUUAAGUACUUUCCCUAUACUGCACCUGACUAGAGUUUAUACUUGGGCUCUAGUUGGGAUUUUAAUCCAUGGUGUAGUAGUAGUCGAGGCAAGGUCCAUUAAACUUGCCAAAAAUCAUUAUAAUCGUCUUCGAGUAAUGUGUUCUGGAGACUUUCCAGGUUUAUUGAUAUUCUCGGUAUUUCAUUUUCCUUCGUUUAUUAUAAUGUUAGAGAUGGUGACCAAAUUUCUCUCUUAUAUUGGAGUUUUCAUUUUAUUGCAGUGGUUGAAGUGUUUGAUAUUGGGAAUAGUUGCCAAUUAAAUGCCAUCCUAGCAAUGCCGGUGAUCGUUCUCUCAUCAUGGUCAUUACAUCAUUAUAUGUCGUUCCUUACAAUGGUAAUUUGCAUAUAAAUUAGAGACAACUAAUUAAUUGAUCUUCAAAUAUGCAGGCGAUAACACCUUCUCCUCAACUGGAGCAACCUUGCUGCUGGUGAAUUCAAGAAUUCCGCAAAUCAAUAAUUAACAUGCUUUUUUGGUGAAUACAGUGAUGGCGAGGCACCAAUUCUUCUAAUGAAAGCACAGGGAAAACUCAACAGUCAGUCCCAAGCAAAACACUAUUUGAGGUCAAUCAAUUAAAAAUUAAAGAUGGAGAAGAGAUAAUAAUCAAUUUCGAUUUAACAAGCCAUUAACUAUAUCAUACUAAAACUUGCUAUGAUAUAUAGGGAAAUACGUAUUUGUCAAAUGCAAAGUUGUCAAGUUUAAGAACUGGUGGUGUUAUUCUGGAUGCAAAACCUAUCCACAAAAACUCGAAGAAGACUCUGACGAGUACUUUUGUGGGAAUUGUACAAAGACAUUAAAAAUGACAACAUAAAGGUAAUGCAACCAUUAUUACAUGAAAUUUGAUUCAGUAUAGUUCGUUGAUGAAUAUUCAUGCCAAGUAAUUAAAUAUUUAAUCAUCCAAAAUAUAAUAAUUUAUAUUGUUUUCGUACAAUUCAAGGAUUAUAUUACUAAAGCAUAAAGAUGAACAUUUUCC